UUGUGUGCAGAUACAUAUCGAUGAUUUUAAUAGUUUCUCAAUAAUUGAUGAUGAAUUAGUAUGUUUGUUGUGCGAGUCAGCCGUGUCGUCCAAACAUAUGCAUAUGUGGACGCUUAAGCACAUGAAAAAUGUUAUGAGUCCUAUUAAUGACGAAAACUGCAUAAGACAGUCAAACCGAGACAAGAAACACUGUGUUAUAUGCAACGAAAUGAUAGGCAAUGUCGCACUGCAUAAACGGAUGUCUACUUAUCAUUUGAAAAGAUUAAAAAGUGCACUAGUUGUUAACAGAAACGUGAGUGACGACACGAAACUAGAAGCGACCUUACCUGAUUUAGCCGCUAAUAACCUCGAAUCAAAUGAUGAUGUAAAAGAAAAUAUACCGGAUAACGUUCAAAAAGAUUGUUUACACUACACGAUGAGUUUAACGCAUAACCCCAAAGACCUGUUAUGUAAAGUCUGCGAUAAAGUUGUAAUCGCUACACCAAAUAACGUGUCUGAACAUGUCAAUGGCAUUAGCCAUAAAAAUAAGUAUGAUAAACUAUUAUCAGUCAAUCGUUUGAGGAAGGUUCGCGACGGCUUCGCCUGCGACGGUUGUAAACUGUUUAUAGCCCAUGAGGACGAGAUAGCACAUGUAGACCUCAAAUCUCACAAGAACAGCAUGAAGAAACAAAUAAAGAAUAAUCAAACGUAUUGUGAAAUCUGUUACUUUUAUAUGGACACGUAUUUUUAUAAAACUCACAAGCGGGGCCAGAGGCACAAGGAGAAUGCGAAAGAAGAUCGUGUUUCUAAACGUGUUUGUGUAGAUACAGAUAAAAAAGAUUCAGAUGUGACCGCACCUGUAAUAGUCCAAUCGAAUAUAAACGAAGACAGUGUUCAAACAAGUCCAAGAGAAGUAACUCCGUCCGUAACUGAUACAGCACUUGAAACUAAAAAUCAACAUAAUGAAGAUAAAAACCUUCUUUAUCAAAUGAAAACUACACCUUUACCUUCUUGUUUGCUGUGUAUUGUGUGCGAAGAUGUUGUAACUAAUGACACGAACAAUAUAACGAUACAUUUGAAUGGACCGAACCAUAUUAACAAUUAUAAUGAGUUAUUAAAAAUAAACAAAGUUGUUAGGAAAGACUCAGGUUUCCAUUGUGAUGCGUGUGAUGUGGCAAUACUGGAUAAAAAUGAGUUAGAACAUAUAUUUGGCGGCCAACAUAAAAAUAAUAUUGGGGACAGGUCAUUAAUUCGCAGUGGUAACAGUAAUGUCGUUUCAAAUUCUCAGAAGAUUAAGCCACCAGUUGUAGAAAGGCGAUAUCUGUUUAAAACGUCUGAAAACUCUAACGAAUUGAUGUGCACGAUAUGCAAUGAAAUAAUUCCAAACAAAACUACCAAUAUAAAUGAUCAUUCUAAUAGUGAAAAACAUAAAACUGAAUAUGAGAGUUUGUUAAAAUUAAACAGGGUUUUUGACUUUGGCAAUGUUCUGUUUUGCCAAGCUUGUUUGAAAUACAUUGAGUGUCAAAAAGAGAUUUAUCACAUAAAAGAGCCUUCACACAAAGCUUCGUUGAGAUUAUUCAAGGCAAACCGAUGUUUAAAAUCUAGUAGCAAUGCUACGUUUGAAGGUUAUGAAGUAUAUUGUUCCAUUUGCAGAACUUGGGUCGACGACUUUCGUUACGACGAGCACGAAAUUAGUGAAAAUCAUGUAUUAAAUAUAAAAAGAGUAUCAUUCGGUGUGCUAGAUUUGCAAAAAGAUUCACCAGAAACCUCGGAGAGUUGUUUGAAAUGUAAAUUGUGUGAUUGUAAUGUUCCAAAUAUGUACGCGUUUAUAUACGAGCAUGUGAAUAAAUUUAUUCACAAGUUACUUUUGCACCAGGCGCUGAUUGAAAAUGAAUUAUAUUUCAUAAACCAAGAUCUUUGUUGCAAAGCGUGUAUGGUAGCUAUCAAUAUUGAAGAUGAUUUUAAUCAUAUGUAUAAACCGGAGCACCUGGAAAACUUAAUACGUUUUCGUAAUGACAUGAAUGUCAACGUAAAAAGUCAGGAUUAAUAAAAAAAAUAAGAUUUAUUAGUUUUUCAAAAUGACGAAAUAUAUUGUGAACAUGUGAAAACAAGUGUUUAUAUAGACAAAGAUUUUUGAUUUGAUGAACAUGCGUUUCUUGUAUAUAGUAUUCUCAUUAUUUUUAACGAUGAA